ACGCUCCAGCACAAAAGGACUCCCCUUCCCGCCACCUAGUAUCGUCUCUCUGUGUCGUAGCUGGCGCUUCACAGUUCUUACGGCGCUAGAUUUAAGACCCUUUGUGGGCAGGGUGCGUGUACUUGGUCCAGAUAUUCACGCUCGCCUUCAACGAUAUCCUCUACCAACUAUGGCCGUCGUACACCUCUGGAGCCAGGACGAAGAACCGAUGGUAGAGUCAUGGCUAGAGGAAGCAUAUGAACGAAUAGAGAAAGAAGACAAGAAACACAAACAGAAAAUCGCGAAAGAAUACAAGCAGAUAACAGAACAAGAUCGACAAAAGCGAGCCGAGAAACAGGAGGAAGAGGACCAACAAAAGAAACAAGCUGAGAAAGAGAAGGAAAAGGACCAACAAGAACGAGCUAAAGGAGUAGAGAAAAAAGACCCAGAAGACCCAGACAACCAAAGUCCCGAACAAUCUAUCUCUUCUCAAUGCGAAGAAGCCUCUCGGGCAGAAGACGGUCCUCCUGCGUAUGAUGGUCAACGACGCCCUCCUCUAUACUCUUCAACUUAAUGACCUAAAGGACGGUAAUGGUCAUACGGGGUAUCAAUAUGAUUGGACUUUUCAUUGCAAAUACAUAGUCAGCUAUAUUAGGGACGAUAGCUGCGGGAGUGCUGACUUUGGAAGAGACUUGAGGGAUGAGGUCACAGUAGCUCCGAGGGUAAUAAUACGGCUUUGAUGUGUGUGCAUUUUUGGAGAUUUACCUACGGUAGUUGUUAGUGGAGUAGUAUUACUUACGAUGUUCACUCCG